CUUUUCUUUUUUUUCUUUUUUUCUUUAUACAUAUCAAAAAAGAAACCCAAAAUAAACAUGGCUGAUUCUGAAAGCAAACAUCAACUUUUACCUAACGCUGGUGUAAGUGACCAACCUGAAGUGGAUCCCAAUCAUGAUCCUGCCACAGCCAUCCUACGACGCAAAUCUUCUCCCAACAAGUUGAUGGUAGAUGACGCAACUAACGAUGACAAUUCUGUUAUCACUUUGUCUACAGCUACUAUGGAAACCUUACAAUUAUUUAGAGGCGAUACUGUGAUUGUUAAAGGAAAGAAGCGACGGGAUACUGUUCUUAUUGUAUUGGCUGAUGACGAUGUAGAAGAUAAUAAAGCAAGAAUUAAUAAAGUUGUACGUAACAAUUUACGUCUUCGAUUAGGUGAUGUGAUCAGCAUUCACCCUUGUCCUGAUAUCAAGUAUGGCAAACGUAUCCAUGUCUUACCUAUUGAUGAUACUGUGGAAGGAUUAACUGGAAACUUAUUUGAAACUUAUCUCAAGCCUUACUUUUUGGAAGCUUAUCGUCCUGUACGUAAAGGGGAUCUAUUCCUUGUUAGAGGUGGUAUGCGUGCUGUGGAAUUCAAAGUAGUCGAAACUGAUCCAGAACCUUAUUGUAUUGUUGCUCAAGAUACUGUGAUUCAUUGUGAAGGUGAACCUAUCAAACGAGAGGAUGAAGAACAAAAUUUGAAUGAAGUUGGAUAUGAUGAUAUUGGUGGUUGUCGCAAACAAAUGGCUCAAAUUCGUGAAUUGGUUGAAUUACCUCUUCGUCAUCCUCAACUUUUCAAGUCCAUUGGUAUUAAACCUCCUCGAGGUAUUCUCAUGUAUGGUCCUCCUGGUACUGGUAAGACUUUGAUUGCCCGUGCUGUGGCCAAUGAAACUGGUGCUUUCUUUUUCUUAAUCAAUGGUCCCGAAAUCAUGUCCAAGAUGGCUGGUGAAUCUGAAAGUAAUCUUCGAAAAGCCUUUGAAGAAGCUGAAGCCAAUGCUCCUGCCAUUAUCUUUAUUGAUGAAAUUGAUGCUAUUGCUCCCAAACGUGAAAAGACAAAUGGUGAAGUGGAACGACGUGUGGUCUCACAAUUAUUGACUUUGAUGGAUGGUAUGAAGGCUCGAUCCAAUGUAGUAGUGAUUGCUGCUACCAAUCGUCCCAAUUCUAUUGAUCCUGCUUUACGUCGAUUUGGUCGAUUUGAUCGUGAAGUUGAUAUUGGUAUCCCUGAUCCUACUGGUCGUUUGGAAAUCUUACGUAUUCAUACCAAGAAUAUGAAAUUGGAUGAUGAUGUCGAUCUUGAACAAAUUGCUUCAGAAACUCACGGUUUUGUUGGUGCUGAUAUGGCUUCCUUGUGUUCAGAAGCUGCUAUGCAACAAAUUCGUGAAAAGAUGGAUCUUAUUGAUUUGGAAGAAGAAACUAUUGAUGCUGAAGUCUUGGAUAGCUUGGCCGUAACUAUGGAAAACUUUAGAUAUUCUCUUGGUGUAUCCAAUCCUUCUGCUCUUCGCGAAACCGUUGUGGAAGUGCCUACAGUCAAGUGGAACGAUAUUGGUGGUUUGGAAAAUGUCAAGUUAGAAUUACAAGAAACAGUCCAAUACCCUGUAGAACACCCUGAAAAGUUUUUGAAGUUUGGUAUGAAUCCUUCCAAGGGUGUAUUGUUCUAUGGUCCUCCUGGUACUGGUAAAACCAUGUUGGCUAAAGCUAUUGCCAAUGAAUGUCAAGCCAACUUUAUCUCUAUUAAGGGUCCUGAAUUAUUGACCAUGUGGUUUGGUGAAUCUGAAGCCAAUGUACGUGAUGUGUUUGACAAAGCUCGUGCUGCUGCUCCUUGUGUGAUGUUCUUUGAUGAAUUGGAUUCUAUUGCCAAAGCUCGUGGUGGAUCUAUGGGUGAUGCUGGUGGUGCUGGUGAUCGUGUCCUCAACCAGAUUUUGACUGAAAUGGACGGUAUGAAUGCUAAAAAGAAUGUAUUUGUGAUCGGUGCUACCAACCGACCUGAUCAAAUCGAUCCUGCUUUACUUCGUCCUGGUCGUUUGGAUCAAUUGAUCUAUAUUCCUCUUCCUGAUGAAACUUCUCGUCUUUCUAUCUUGAAGGCUCAAUUACGUAAGUCUCCUGUGGCUCCUGAUGUCGACCUUGGAUUGAUGGCUAAACAUACCAAUGGAUUCUCUGGUGCCGAUCUUUCUGAAAUUUGUCAACGGGCCGCCAAGCUUGCUAUUCGUGAAGAUAUUGAAAAGGAUAUUGCUAGAGAACGAGAACGCAAAGCCAAGCAAGAAGCUGGUGAAGAUGUAGACAUGAUGGAAGAUGAAGAUAACGACGAAGAUCUUCAUGCUGAAAUUACAAGAGCCCACUUCGAAGAAGCUAUGCGAUUUGCUCGUCGUUCAGUUAAUGACAGUGAUAUUCGUCGAUAUGAAAUGUUUGCUCAAAACUUACAACAACAACGAGGUUUUGGUACAUUCAAGUUCCCUGAAAGUGAAGGUGGUGCUGCUCAAGAAGGUACUGUUGAUAACAGCGCUUCUGGAUUUGGUCAAGAAGCUGGUGAUGAUGAUUUAUAUGCUUAAAUAGUCAGAUAUUAAACAAAUUUUAGUGAAUCAAAUCAAAUAAAAAGUCUAAUCUACUCAUAC